AUGCAAAAGCAUCUGAAGGGCAGGCUUGGCAACACCGGCGCGACAUUUGUCCGCUUCGGAUAUGGCGUUCCAUUCGCGCUUCUUUAUGCUGCGGUCCUGUAUUUCGUGUUCGACAAUCCAUUGCCCCGGCCGGGAGCAACACUGCUGAUUGCCGGAGCCCUCGGCGGCCUUGCCCAGAUCUUGGCGACCUUUCUGCUGAUCUACCUGUUUUCUUUCCGCAAUUUUGCAGUCGGUACUGCAUACUCCAAAACCGAACCCAUCCAGGCGGCCCUUUUCGGACUGGUGGUGCUUGGUGAGCACGUGACGUGGACCGCGGCUCUCUGCAUCAUGGUCGGCAUUGCAGGCGUGAUAACGAUCUCGCUGGCACGUGUUCCGAUGACGAUUUCGGCGGUCCGAAACUCCCUGCUCGGCCGUCCGGCCCUGAUCGGGCUGGCAUCCGCCGCCCUGUUCGGUGCAUCAGCGGUGGCCUACAGGACAGCAUCCCUGUCACUGGAGGGGACGACCGUCGCAAUGCAGGCUGCGACCGCGCUGGUUUACGCCACCAUGUUUCAAACGCUUGCGAUGACUAUCUGGAUGGCUGUCCGCGAACCGGACGAGUUGCGCGAAAGCCUGAAGGCCUGGCGUGCCGCGAUCUGGGUCGGCGCUUCGGGUGUCGCCGGUUCCAUCGGCUGGUUCACGGCCAUGACCCUUCAAAAUGUCGCCUAUGUCCGGGCGCUCGCGCAGAUAGAACUGGUCUUCACCUUCCUGGCCUCCUGGCUGGUGUUCAAGGAAGUGAUCGCGCGUUCGGAGAUCUUUGGCUGCGUCCUGAUUGUCGCGGCAGUCGUCGGGAUUAUCCUGGUGGGCUAG